AUGGGGUUAAGGCGCAGUAUAAACGCCCAUUGCACGGAUAACGGCUCUAGGCGUCUGGGGGGUGUGUUACGAGAUAUGGAUGUGGUUAAUGCUGCCCACAUUAAGUGGGCCCGCUUUUUGUGA